AUGUACGGUGCGUGGGGUCUACGCGCUUCCUCUGUCGUCCUCGGCAUCCUUCUCGUCGGAUGUUUGGUUGCGAUCUCUAUCGCAAAAGAGGAAUCCAACAAAUUGGGAACAGUUAUUGGUAUUGAUCUUGGAACAACUUACUCUUGUGUUGGUGUUUACAAGAAUGGACAUGUUGAGAUCAUAGCUAACGACCAAGGUAACCGUAUCACCCCAUCAUGGGUUGCCUUCACUGACACUGAAAGGUUGAUUGGUGAGGCUGCAAAGAAUCAGGCGGCUGUCAAUGCCGAGAGGACUGUAUUUGAUGUCAAGAGACUCAUUGGAAGAAAAUUUGAUGAUAAAGAGGUUCAAAAGGACAUGAAGCUUUUCCCAUUCAAGAUCGUGAACAAGGAUGGAAAGCCAUAUAUACAAGUCAAGAUUAAGGAUGGGGAGACCAAGGUCUUCAGUCCUGAGGAGAUUAGUGCCAUGAUUCUAACAAAGAUGAAGGAGACAGCGGAAGCUUUCCUUGGAAAGACAAUCAAGGAUGCAGUUGUUACUGUUCCUGCUUACUUCAAUGAUGCCCAGAGGCAGGCCACCAAGGAUGCAGGGAUUAUUGCUGGACUGAAUGUUGCAAGAAUCAUCAAUGAACCUACAGCAGCAGCCAUUGCGUAUGGUUUGGACAAAAAGGGUGGUGAAAAGAACAUCCUUGUGUUUGAUCUUGGUGGUGGUACAUUUGAUGUCAGUAUCUUGACAAUCGACAAUGGUGUUUUUGAGGUUCUUGCCACUAAUGGAGACACUCAUCUGGGAGGUGAGGAUUUUGAUCAGAGAAUCAUGGAAUACUUCAUCAAAUUGAUCAAGAAGAAGCAUGGAAAGGACAUCAGCAAGGACAACAGAGCUAUUGGGAAGUUGAGGAGAGAAAGUGAGCGUGCCAAGAGGGCCUUGAGUAGCCAGCAUCAGGUCCGUGUGGAGAUUGAAUCUCUCUAUGAUGGUUUGGAUUUCUCAGAACCACUUACCAGAGCUCGAUUCGAAGAGUUGAACAAUGACCUAUUCAGAAAGACCAUGGGACCUGUUAAGAAGGCCAUGGAGGAUGCAGGGUUGGAGAAGCGUCAGAUUGAUGAAAUCGUUCUUGUUGGUGGAAGCACCAGGAUUCCUAAAGUUCAACAGCUUCUAAAGGAGUAUUUUGAUGGAAAAGAACCCAACAAGGGUGUGAACCCGGAUGAAGCCGUUGCUUAUGGUGCUGCUGUACAAGGAAGCAUCUUGAGUGGAGAGGGUGGUGAUGAAACCAAAGAUAUCCUUCUCUUGGAUGUGGCUCCACUCACUCUUGGUAUUGAAACGGUUGGCGGGGUGAUGACCAAAUUGAUUCCCAGAAACACCGUUAUCCCAACCAAGAAAUCUCAAGUUUUCACUACCUACCAGGAUCAGCAGACAACGGUGUCCAUUCAGGUCUUUGAAGGUGAAAGGAGUCUCACAAAGGACUGCAGGGAGCUUGGAAAGUUCGAUUUAUCAGGAAUUGCCCCAGCACCAAGAGGGACCCCUCAAAUUGAAGUCACGUUUGAGGUUGAUGCCAAUGGCAUUCUAAAUGUAAAGGCUGAAGACAAAGCUUCAGGGAAAUCUGAGAAAAUCACAAUCACCAAUGACAAGGGUCGCUUGAGUCAAGAGGAGAUUGACCGGAUGGUGAGGGAAGCAGAGGAAUUUGCAGAGGAAGACAAGAAGAUCAAGGAGAAGAUUGAUGCCAGAAACAGCUUGGAGAGCUAUGUCUACAACAUGAAGACCCAGAUCAAUGACAAGGACAAACUGGCAGACAAAUUAGAAUCGGAGGAGAAGGAGAAGAUUGAGACAGCAGUGAAAGAGGCCCUCGAGUGGCUGGACGACAACCAGAAUGCAGAGACAGAGGACUACCAGGAGAAGCUGAAAGAGGUGGAAGCAGUGUGUAACCCCAUCAUCACUGCUGUUUAUCAGAGGUCUGGUGGUGCCCCUGGUGGGAGUUCAGAUGGAGGGGAAGAUGAAGACUCCCAUGAUGAGCUGUAGAGAAGCUUUUGUAGAUAGAUAGCAAGUUGCUAAUUGUUGGGGUUUGGUGGAAGAGGGGAAGGAAGAAGGAAAAACAAGAGGACACAGAGACAAAAGAGGAGAUGAUGACUCAAAUGUGUGAAUGUUGUUUUGAGUUUCUUCAUGUUUGAAUUUUUUGGGGUGGGGAGGGGUAUACAUAGAGACAAGAACAUUCUUCUUGGAAUGAGUAGUAGCAUUUUCUAGCAGGAUUCAAGUUUUAAUUCUUAUUAUAAGGUAAGUUUCAGACAUGUAUGAGAUUUUUGUUAAAUGAGAUCAAAGUUCACCCUUAUUAAGA